UAUCCCACUAGAAGGGAACAGUUUCUCCCGCUGAGACUUGACAGCGCCAGGUCAGUGCGGGCUGCGGGGCAGCGUUCCCCGAGGAAUUACAAUGGUUGACACAGAAAUGCCGUUUUGGCCCAUGAAUUUUGGAAUUAGCCCCGUGGAUCUGUCAGCCAUGGAUGAUCACACACAUUCCUUUGACAUCAAGCCCUUCACCACUGUUGACUUCUCGAGCAUUUCCUCACCGCACUAUGAAGAUCUCCCUCUUGCCAGAACUGACCAGUCAGGCCUGGAUUAUAAAUACGAUAUCAAGCUCCAGGAUUGCCAAAGUGCAAUCAAAAUGGAGCCUCCUUCCCCRCCCUAUUUUGCAGAAAAGGUUCAGUUGUACAACAAACCUCACGAAGAGUCUUCCAACUCUCUGAUGGCCAUCGAGUGCCGCGUGUGCGGGGACAAGGCCUCUGGCUUCCACUACGGGGUGCACGCCUGUGAGGGCUGCAAGGGUUUUUUUCGAAGAACAAUCAGGUUAAAGCUCAUUUACGACAGGUGUGAUCUAAACUGCCGAAUCCAUAAGAAAAGCAGGAAUAAAUGUCAGUACUGCCGCUUUCAGAAAUGCCUCGCCGUUGGAAUGUCACACAAUGCCAUCAGGUUUGGGCGGAUGCCCCAGGCGGAGAAGGAGAAGCUCCUGGCAGAGAUCUCCAGCGACAUCGAGCAGCUGAACCCCGAAUCGGCCGAUCUGCGAGCGCUGGCCAAGCACUUGUACGACUCCUACAUCAAGUCCUUCCCUCUGACCAAAGCCAAGGCGAGGGCCAUCCUGACAGGAAAGACGACAGACAAAUCACCYUUUGUUAUUUAUGACAUGAACUCUUUAAUGAUGGGAGAAGACCAGAUCAAGUGCAAGCACGUGUCCCCCCUGCAGGAGGAGAACAAGGAGGUGGCCAUCCGCAUCUUCCAGCGCUGCCAGUUCCGCUCCGUGGAGGCCGUGCAGGAGAUCACCGAGUUCGCKAAGAACAUUCCGGGCUUUGUCAACCUUGACCUCAACGACCAAGUAACUCUCCUGAAAUAUGGGGUCCAUGAGAUCAUAUACACUCUGCUGGCUUCGCUGAUGAAUAAAGAUGGGGUUCUUAUAUCUGAUGGACAAGGGUUCAUGACACGGGAGUUCCUGAAGAGCCUGAGGAAACCUUUUUGUGACUUUAUGGAGCCCAAGUUUGAGUUUGCUGUGAAGUUCAAUGCACUGGAAUUAGAUGACAGUGACCUGGCAAUAUUUAUAGCUGUCAUUAUCCUAAGUGGAGACCGCCCGGGGUUGUUAAAUGUGAAGCCCAUUGAAGACAUUCAGGAYAACCUGCUGCAGGCUCUGGAGCUGCAGCUGAAGCUGAACCACCCCGAAUCCUCGCAGCUCUUUGCCAAACUGCUGCAGAAAAUGACGGACCUCAGGCAGAUCGUCACGGAGCACGUGCAGCUCCUGCAGAUCAUCAAGAAAACCGAGACGGACAUGAGCCUGCAUCCCCUGCUACAAGAGAUCUACAAGGACUUGUAUUAACGAGCACAGCAGUCCUGAUCCCCCUGACAUAAUGUAUGUUCUUCAGAUUGCACUAUUUCUGUGAGGGAAAACUUUGCAUACCUAAGAAAUUACUGUGAAACAGCAUUUAAAAAGAGAGAGCUUAGUAUAGUAGAUCUAUUUUAUGCAUAUUGUUUAUAAAGACACAUUUACAAUUUACUUUUAAUAUUAAAAAUAUCUAUAUCAUGAAAUYGUUGGCAGUAUUUUCAGAAUUAAUUUUUUAACUAUGUUAUUUCUUCAAAUUGCUUGUCCAAGUAUGAUUGAUGCUUCACUCCAGUUGGUUAAGCAUGCAGUUCAAUUUUCAACUAAAUAAAAACCUUUCUCCUUGARCAUUUCUAGGGAAAUGUUUGAAGCAUUACACUCCAUUUUGUGCUCCCGAGGCAGCAGCAAAAUAAAAUCUGUUCACAGAUUAGUGWAACUUCCCAUGAGAGCUUAAAAGGCCAAAAGGAGAAGUGUCAGGUCUGACAAUAUUUGUGCCUUCCAAAGUAAGAUUUGACACUGACAGAGCUCUUGAAAGGAGCUUGGUGUAAGUAAAAAUUAGGCCCCUCAUAUGUGGGCAAACCYAAAGAUUAACUGCCAUUUCAAGAAUUUAUUAAUAAAGGAAUAUGCACUGCUCAGCACUCUUAGGAAACAGAGGCUUUUAGAUUCCUCUGCUCGUGCAGGUCCAAGGCAGGUGGAGCAGCAGCUGCUCCAAUUGCUCAUCCCACAGAGCUGAGCUGGAAUAAGUUGGUACAAACCUCUGGCCUGAGCCCUUCCCAAAUUAUCUGAUGAACCAUUGAAUCAUGGAAAAUUCAAAUGGUGUGACAAAUUAGCACCUAAACAAAAGCAAAGGUUGGAUUAAUUCUUGAAAAGACAAAGCUGUGAUGGAAACCCUGCACCCUUAGUUUGACUCGAGCUCCGGGUGUGCAUCCCAAGGAUGCUGGGAGAUGCUCCCUGCUGUUGAGGUUGUUGGUUUUCUUGCAUAUUUUACCCUAUAWUGACACCUAAGAGCUCCCYAGGGAGCAGAGCACAGCAGAGAGGACAAAUUUAACAGAAGAUAAAUUUCCUCACACUCUCAUUUUGGGUAUUCUCAGUACUGAGGUGAGAGUCACAUCCACAUUUUGAUAGUUUGUGAAUGUGACCCCUGACAGAGUGAGACAGAGGGGACUCACUGGUGGGACAGAGGACGGAAAGUUGGGGAAAAAAGCCACUGAUUUUAACUUUGAUAUAUCAAGUCUGGAGAGGUCCUGAGUUGAAUAUACUUGCAUUCCUCCCCAUGUCCAUAUGUUAUUUAUGUAGCAAAAAAUGUGCCUUAAACUUAGCAAGACAGGUUGAGUGAAACCCAAGUGGACAAAGAGGUGGUGUAGGUGUGAGAAGGACCUUCAGGGAGCACAAAUUGGCUUUACUCCUAAUGCAGACUUUGAAACUCCUGAGGCGAUGCAAAUUACGCCAUAAGGAGAGGUGAAUAUUGAAAUGAAUCCUCCAGCUCCUUCCUCCAGGCCCUUCCACGCCUGGAAACUUUCCUUGCUGAUUUCAGUGUGCUGAUUUCAGGUAACCUCUGGGCUUGAGGUCUGUAGUGAGCAUUUUCCCACCAGGAAAUUUGGGGAAUUGGAUCAUUCAGCCUCAAGGUGGAAUUGCACUGAGAUGAUGCUAAAGGGAGCAGCUCUGA